AUGGACCCUCGGCUGCAGCAAGUACCCAGCAGUGGGGCCCCUUCUCAAGACACAGCUAUGCAUAUGCCAGCGGGCCCCGUCUCCAGCCACUUGGGGAUCAGGACCCAGAGUUAUUUCUGCUUCACCACGGCUACCCUGGCAUUGUGCCUCAUCUUUGCUGUGGCAACCAUUAUGGUGCUGGAAGUUCAGAGGGCGGACUCUGUUCCCAACCCAGUUGUCAAACCCAUUGUUGGAGGAAAGUACUCAGAGGACAUCUUGCGUAUCCUGAAAACAAUUCCAUUCAAGAAAUCAUGGGCCUACCUCCAAGUGUCGAAGCAUUUAAACCAAUCCAUAUUGUCUUGGAAUUCAGAUGGAAUCAUUGAUGGAAUCAAAUACGAACAGGGGCAUCUGGUGAUCCAGUCCCCAGGUCUGUACUUUAUCAUUUGUCAACUGCAAUUUCUUGUGACUCGAUGCCCCAAAACUUCUCUAGACCUGAAGCUGGAGCUUCUCAUCAAUGAGGUCCCCAAAAAGCAGGCACUGGUGACAGUGUGCAAGACUGGCGUGGAAAGCACAGAAAUAUACCAAAAUCUCUCACAAUUCUUGCUGGAGCACCUUCAGGUCAACUCCACCAUCUCAGUCAGGGUGGAAAAGUUCGAGUUUGUGGAUACAAACACUUUCCCUCUAGAUAACGUGUUGUCCAUAUUUUUGUAUAAUAAUUCAGACUGA